AUGGGUGACCCACGUGACGUGGCCUGCAAGCUUCACAUCAUGGAGAGCCCGGCCCAGGACUGGGUGGCCCAGCAGGCACGGUCGCAGGCCGCCUCCGCCCGCGCGGAGCGGGAGCGCCGCCAGGCAGCCGAGGACGCCGCUGAUGCGGGGCGCGAAGCCGGCGCCCGCGUGCGUGGUGCCGCCGAGGAGGUGGCGGGCGGCGUGGCCGAGGCGGCCGAGUCCGUGUCCGACCAGCUGGGCCAGGCGGCGGCAGGGGCGGACCGCGUCGCCACGUCACCGCCGUCCAGCUGGUCGGCCGAGGCCAGCGUCCCCGGCGCGCGCGUCUCGCCCGGCCCCACCCCCCCCGACGAGAAGCUGGUGGGUGAGCUGCGCGAUCGCCUGCUGGCGCUGGUGCCCAGCCUGGACCGCGGCGUGGCUGCGGGCCCCGAGGUCGCGGCGCGGGUGGAGAGCCUGGCCGCACAGCUGGGUGCUGCGGGCGGCCCCGUCAUUCUCAGCCGCGCUGGCGGGUACGGCUCUGCCGGCGGGUAUGGGGCCUCCCCCUCCGACUCCACCCUGCAGCAGCUGGGUGGCCGGUGGCGCCUGGUCUACUCCUCCGCCUUUGCCAAGGCGGGGCGCCUGACGCUGCCCCUGCCCCUUCCCGCAAAUGUGGGUCAGAUCUACCAGGACAUCUUCACCGACACCAACGAGCUGGACAAUGUCCUCGAGCUGCUCUCGCCCAUCAGCCUCGCCUCGGUUGUGCCAGGCCUGUCUGGGAGCCGGCCCACGGCCACGGUGCGCCUGAAGCAUUCCUUCGUACUGGAGGGGCCGUCCACGCUGAAAAUCUCGCAGACCAGCACCGAGAUCCGGCCCUCUGGUGGGCUCCAGGGCUGGCUCGACUCCGUGCCCACACUGAAGCCCCCCAGCCUGCCCCGCGGAUCAGGGGGAUCUGCCAGCUUCGAGAUCCUGUAUCUGAAGGAUGAUCUGCGCAUCAGCAGGUCCAGGGGAGGCAUCCGCGUGUUCCUGAGGGGCCAGGCCUGA